UUUAUUAUUAUUAUUAUACAGUGCUAUAUUUGAUGUCGUCAAAGUUCAUUGUAUUAGUUUAUUUUCUUAUUGAGUAUCGCAUUAAAUCUGAAUAUUAUUUCUACAAUGUUUUCAAAGUUAACUUCUAAGAACUUUUCACUAUAUUCAAUAUCAGGUUUGAGAUUCUUAAUAAAAUCGUUGUUUAGUUGGAUAAGAGAUAUGACUUGCAUGGCGUUAAGCACAUUGAAUCCCGUGAUGAAAAUAUCCAAAAACACCAAACUUCAGUUGAAAUAUCAUUUUUGUCGGACGGGCGUGAUCGGGUCGUGGUCACCGGACAACAUGACCUUCGGCAUGCAAUUGUUCCUCAUGCAAUUGCCGUGCAUCGUCGGCUUGGUCGCGGGACUAACUGCGCGUUACUGGUGGUCCAGGCAGGCGGCCGAGACGAAGAGGCGGUACGUGGACGCCGCCUGGACGAACCGCCCGUUCGCCGGGCUGGCCGUGGUCGCCGCACUUUGCCUUUUCGGGGCGUUCCUGUGGCGGCACACCGAAAUUAACCCGUGGACUGGUCGCCGGGGGCUGUUCCUGUUCAGCGACAAGGUGCUCGAAGAGUUGUCCGAGAAGGAGGAGUGCAGGGGCCCGGGAGAGCCGCCGCUGCUGGACGCCGCCGAUCCCGUCCACGAGCGCGUGGCCGGCGUGACGUCCCGGCUGUUGGCCGCCAACGCCGGCGUGGACGCGAUUGGAGCUCGCCGGUGGACCGUACAGGUGUUGGACAGCCCUGCAAUCAACGCCACCGUGGAUUCCGGGGGUCAGGUGAUGGUCCACGUCGGUCUGACCAAAAUGGCCAACGACGAUCAGCUGUCCAUAGUCCUCGGUCACGAGAUGGCGCACUGCGUGCUCCGGCACAUCAACCAGCUGUGCAGCGUCGUGUUCGUCGCCAACUCGCUGGGCCUAAUGCCGUUUUUCGCGGCCAUCUGGGUCGCGCUACCGAUCGGCUGGAGCGUGUUGGCGCACCUGUCGUCGGUCGCCCUGAUAAAGGUGUGUAUCCUGUGGCCGUGCUUCCGGAAGUACGAGAACGAGGCCGACCGCGUCGGACUGGAGCUAGCCGCCAAGGCGUGCGUGGACGUCACCCAGGGCCACCUGUUCUGGGACGCCAUGUCCAAGACGGACAGCUGCUCGACCAAACUAUUCUGGUGGAUGUCCAUGCACCCGACCAGCAAGAGUCGGGCCAAACACCUGCACAGCUUGAUACCCGUGGCCACGGAAAUCCGGAGACUGGCCGCUUGCUAGCCGGGCUUCUCCACACCUGCGCACAUACACCCUUACCGGCAUCUCCUGACCCGCCGGCCGCUCGGCCAACCGCGAGUUUACAGAUAUAUUUGAUUUGAUAUAAUGUUUGAAAAAUCACAAGUCACGUUAUUCGUCGGAUACGCCAUUAUAAUAUAAUAUGAUAUUAUGAACGGAUAA